AUGGGUGCCGGCUCUCCUCCAGGCCCGGCUAAGCCGUCGGCCAUACCGUCCCACAUGCUGAACGGCAGCUCACCCCUCCAAUCCUCCACGGCGGCCGGCAGCGGGACUCGUACUCGUGAUAUUCGGGAACGUGAGAGUCUCAAUUCCUCCAUUCGCUGCUCCUUCGCGCCUCGUGUUCCCGCUGAAUUUGAGGGCCUUGACGCCAAGGCCCCCCCCGCGGGUGAGUCCACUGCCUCCACAGCUGCUACCGAAGCCGGAGCUUCCCAGACUGCCUUGAGCCUGCGCGGUAGACUUCUUCUGAACGAGCCUCCCCGCGACCCCCGGGAUGAGGGCGGUCCAUUGACCCCGCCGGCGACAUCAAGCCGCCCCGAAAGCCCCUAUACCAUGUACCCUCCUAUCGACUUUGACGGUCUUAGUUGGCCCUGCCCCGGUACUCGGCAGCGGUUGGAGUCAACUCCAGAGGAGAACGAAGAGCGUAUCAAGAAGCUUGCGGGAGCAGUGAGGACAAUUCUGGAAUGUGUUGGUGAAGAUCCCGAGCGCGAGGGUCUCCGCGAGACCCCGGAGCGAUAUGCCAAGGCUAUGCUCUACUUCACCAAGGGCUAUGAGGAGAAUGUGCGGGAUUUGGUCAAUGGCGCAGUAUUCCACGAGGACCAUGAUGAGCUGGUCAUCGUCAAGGACAUUGACGUGUUUUCGCUGUGCGAGCACCACAUGGUGCCUUUUACUGGCAAGAUGCAUAUCGGCUACAUCCCGGCUCGUCGUGUCCUUGGCCUCUCUAAGCUAGCCCGCUUGGCUGAGAUGUUCUCUCGCAGACUUCAAGUCCAGGAGCGGUUGACCAAACAGGUUGCUCUGGCAAUCUCCGAAGUCCUCAAGCCCCGAGGUGUGGGAGUUGUCAUGGAAUCCUCCCACUGUGGGGGGGGGUGUGCGGGGUGUCCAAAGACUGGCAGCACCACGACCACCAGCUGCAUGCUGGGAUGCAAGCGGUGGAGUGCUAAGACUCGUGAGGAGUUCUUGACGCUGUUGCACCGGCGAUAG